AUGGCAUCAUCAAGCACCACGUUCACAUCAGACUCAUCAAACGUUCCUUAUGCAAAUUUUCCUGUAAAUCCUCUUUAUAAAGGAGACGUUCAAAAAAUAAAACAAACAAAUAUAAUUAAACAUUUAAAUAUUACUUUGAGCAUAGCGAGUAUUAUCGGUGGAUUUAUAGUAUUAAUUAUAAUAUUAAUAAUGUGGCUUUAUGAUAAAAAGUUAGUAAACAGAGUUUCACUCCGACUUUCGGGAUUAAUUUCGUUUGUAGACAUUUUAUCGGGAGCUGCGGCAAUAGCAUAUACUUUAUAUGCUGUCGGAGAUACAAACGCAUGUACUUUUAUCGGAUGGGCAAUGUCUUUUCUUCCGACAUUAUAUCUGUUCUUGACAGUGAUGAUAGCAUUUAACCUGCAGGUUGUAUUUCUUCAUCGUAAAAAAGUUUCGUCUUUUUCUGAUAGAUGGUAUAUACCAGUGGCUUUCUUUACCUCUUUUGCCAUAAACAUUUUGCCUUUGAUUUAUCAUCGAUUUGGAUAUGAUACUGAAGGAAAACAAUGUCUUUAUCGCGAUCCUGGUGGAGAUGGAACACUAAAGUGGAGAUUAUUUACUUUUGUCAUCCCAGUUUCUUUUUCUAUGCUAUAUUGCACAUCAGUUCUCAUAGUUGUUAUAAUGAAAUUAAUUUUUGAACAUCGAAAACUGGUCGACGCAGUUCACACGCAAAAAAGUAAUACAACAUUAACAGCAAAGAAUAAACGACAAAAAUUGCUCUUAUUGAAAUUAGUUAGCCGCAUUUCUUUAUAUGCAGCAAUUCCUCUUUUAAAUGUUAGUGGAAUUGUUGUUGAAUACACUAUGUUAUCUAUUAAUAAACAGCUUCGAUUACCACCACCUAUUACUUAUUGGGCAGUUAUUGGAUCAUGCCUUCCCGGUCUAUUUAAUUGUCUUGCUUUUCUUUUUGAUCCUGCUAUUCAUAAUGCUCUACGAAAAGUUAAAAAAGAUCUUAUUGAUAAUUACGGUUAUGAGAAACGUGGAGUUACAGCUUCCUUGAAUACUCCUCCUUUAUCACCAUCUUUUCCGCCAACACCAACUAGUCCAUCAUUUAUUCCUCCACCUUCACCAACAUCGCCACGUACACCUGGUAUGCGAAUCUUGAUACCACCUUAUUCACCAAACAGAUCCGCUGUCUCGCCACUUGGAUCCGCUUUUUCGCCACUUAGAUCUCAAUUUGACCAUAAUGUUACUCGAACUAAAAUGAAUCCAAACCGGCCAAUUUUAAGAUGGUUUGUCAGGACGUUUUUAGACAAGCAAAAACUUCCCGUCAUACCAAAUGGCCUUUCAAUAAGUUCAGGAUCAGAUCGUGGACAUGCAUACAGUUCUGCUAGCGCCAAUUCUGGAGUCAUAUCUGGUCAAAGUUUUGGUCAUGAUUAUCGUAAUGGCGAAACACGCAAGUAUACGUAUGACAUAUAUAACAGCGCAAUUGAUAAGCGAAGGAAAACAUUUAUGAAGCGAAUAUCACGUGUUCUAGCUACGCCUACUGAAGAACGUGAAUUGGACUUUUCAAUAACAACCUCUACAGAAACAGUUGUUACAAGCAGUGAUUUAACAGAUUCAUUUGAAUCCGAGACCAAAACAGUAGUUAACCCUUCUAAAAAACCAUGUCACAAAGAAAAACCACGAUUAGUUUAUGAACAUAAUUUUGAUGGUAGCGGCGCAUUUUUAUUUCCUCCUGUGGUGGGAAACACUACUAUUAAUAUUCAUGUGCAUCAGUAUCCUUCAAAUACUUAUAUUGAAGCAGGGCCGUCACGAUAUUUCAAUCAUCGCAGAUCUGAUUCUAGUGAUUCCGCAAUAUCAAGAGAUUCAGAAAAUAAUAUCUAUUUUGAAGUCGAAUUUUGA